AUGCCUCCCCCUUUCCGAUCCCUUGCCCGAUCCUCAGCAUCAACUUCGCUUGGCCAGUGCCCUCCCUGUUUUCCUCUCCCUUUCCCCCUGUCCGCCUCUCCCUUCCCCCCUGUCCUCCUCUCCCUUUCCCCCUGUCCUCCUCUCCCUUUCCCCCUGUCCUCCUCUCUAUUUCCCCCUGUCCUUCUCUCCCUUUCCCCCUGUCCUCCUCUCCCUUUCCCCUUGUCCUCCUCUCCCUUUCCCCCUGUCCUCCUCUCCCUUUCCCCCUGUCCUCCUCUCCCUUUCCCCCUGUCCUCCUCUCCCUUUCCCCCUGUCCUCCUCUCUAUUUCCCCCUGUCCUUCUCUCCCUUUCCCCCUGUCCUCCUCUCCCUUUCCCCCUGUCCUCCUCUCCCUUUCUCCCUGUCCUCCUCUCCCUUUCCCCCUGUCCUCCUUGUUGGAGAUUACGUUUGCGUGGGGUUGA